AUGUCUGUAACAUCCAAAAUGCAUCAAAUUCCCUUCUGGGUAUUUCUCAUAUCAGUCUCUCUCCUCCUACAUGCAACAAAAUCUGAUGAAGAAGAGGCUAAACGCGCAUUGCUCAAUUUUUUCACAAAACUGUCAACCAAUAAUGGCUCCAUUGAUCCCACUUUAGGUUGGAAUUCAACCUCUGAUCCUUGCAGGGAUCAGUGGAAGGGUAUCAUAUGUGAUAAUCACAAUCUUUCAGUAAAGAAAAUCUUCCUCGAUGGCUUCAAUUUUUCUGGAACCUUUGAUGCAAGCACUCUUUGCAACGUGCAAUCUCUCGUUGCUACUCUUGGUGUCAUAAGUCUCAAUUACAACAAUCUUCGCGGAGAGAACCUAGAGGAGAUUGCAAAUUGCAAACAACUCACUCGCUUUCAUAUAAGUAGAAACCAAUUUUCCGGUAGCCUCCCCAACUCUCUAUCCAGAUUGAAUAAUCUGAAAAGACUUGAAAUAUCAUACAAUAACUUUUCAGGCAGUUUGCCUGAAUUGGCUCGGAUUUCAGGUUUGACAGUGUUCCUUGCUCAAAACAAUGACCUCUCUGGGGCUAUACCCAACUUUGAUUUUGCCAAUCUUGAGGAAUUUGAUGUCUCCUUCAACAAUUUCAGCGGUCCAAUUCCGCUUGGGGGAGUUAGUUUCUGGGUAAGCAGCUACAUUGAUAAUCCUGAAUUAUGUGGUGAUCCAUUGCCAAACAGAUGCCCAACACAUAAACCAAAGGGUGGAGUCUCAAAGAAUCAAAUUCUAAUGUUCUCAGGCUAUUUUCUCAUAGGUUUGGCUCUGUUCCUUGUCAUCAUUCUCAAGCUGUUUUGCAAAAAAGACGGGACAAAAGAAGAGAAGAAUGAUGCAGUUUACAAGGUAGCAGCACUUGAUGACAGUUCUGACAAUCCUAGUUUCACAACAAAUGAGGAUAAAAUAGGUAUGAGCAAAUCCGAAAUCUCGAAUGCUUCGGCUGACAGUGGAUUGGUUUCAUCAUCGUUGGUGGUUCUUUCAAGCCCGGAGGUGAACGGACUGAGAUUCGGGAAUUUGCUCAAGGCUCCUGCGGAAUUGAUUGGGAGAGGAAAGCAUGGUAGUGUGUAUAAGGUUAUAUGUGAGGAUCAAGGGAAGCCUCUGGCUGUUAAAAGGAUUAAGGAUUGGACUAUUUCUAGCUAUGAUUUCAAGCAGAGGAUGAGAAGGUUAGACCAAGUGAAGCAUCCAAAUGUGUUGCCAGCCAUGGCCUUUUAUUCUUCCAGACAAGAGAAGCUUUUGGUCUAUGAAUAUCAACAGAAUGGAAGUCUCUUCAGGCUUCUCCAUGGAACCCAAAUGAGCAAAGCCUUGGACUGGAGCAGCAGACUUGGUAUUGCAGCCACCAUAGCUGAGGCCUUAGCUUUUAUGCAUCAAGAGCUUCGUCAAGACAGGAUUGCUCAUGGUAACCUUAAAUCCUCAAACAUUUUACUAAACAACAGCAUGGAGCCCUGCAUCAGUGAGUAUGGUCUGAUGGUGGUGGAGGAUCAAGACCGGUCAGUAUCUGCCACUGCCAGUGUCAACAGCAUUCAAGCUGCAGAAGAAAGUGCAGACACGAUCUUCAAAUCAGACAUUUUUGGGUUUGGAGUGAUUCUUCUCGAGCUACUUACAGGAAAGAUGGUCCAGAACAAUGGGGUGGACUUGGCUCAAUGGGUUGUUUUGGUGGUGAGAGAAGAAUGGACAGUGGAAGUUUUUGACAAAACACUGAUUCAGGAUGGUGCAAGUGAAGAGAGAAUGUUGAACUUACUACGGGUUGCUAUAAAAUGUGUUAAUCGUUCUGCAGAGUCUAGGCCUAGCAUAAACCAAGCUGCUCUCAUGCUCAAUACUAUAAAAGAAGAAGACGAGAGAUCCAUGGAUGUUUCUGAACAAUGA